UUCUUUCUGACACAACUCGUGACAGGUUUUUGUUUCCCGGCGGCACAAAAAGAAACCGUCACCGACACGGAGCCGUACGGGCCCCAGAUUAACGUAAACAUGCCAGUGCGGAGACGACCCUUCAGUUAAAGGCGCUGUUAGAGACCAACCAUGUGGCGGUUCCAAGGUUUUGUCGGAAGAGUUCUGCAUCGAUAUCAUGGCAGCAACACCCUGCGACUGCCCCAAAACCACCAUGUGGAGGACGAGGUCAUCAACAGCUCCGCUGUCCUCUCCACCUCUCCAUACCCUUCUGACAGCAGGUCUCGGGAAGAGGAAGAUGGAGAGAGGAGGAGGAAGCGGAGGACCUUUCAGUCCCAGUAUGCUGAGUUUCCACGUUACACAGCCCUGGAUGCUGUGGGAUGGGGUGCAGCAGCAGUUCUGUUCAUGCAGGUCUGCAGGAGGAUCCACUCUCAGUUCUCCUCAAACACUGAGCCCAGUCCAACCACCGGAGCCCUGUCGGCCUCCUCCACUCUGCAGAAGUGUGGCUACCGCAUCCUGCUAGAGAUCUUAUCAAGACAUGAUGUCCUGCCCAGAGGAAGGAAUGUGCUGUGUUUGCAGGGGGUGCUAGAGAGACAGAACCAAGAUCAAUCCCCAGCUCAAAGCAGUGACAGCAGCAGCAGCAGCAACAGUCCUCAGAGCAGCAGGAGGCAUGACCAUCAUACUGCCAUCUCUGACCCCCAGAGGGAACUCCUGAUCCAAGAUUUGCUUACACUUGAGGAAGAACUUCUGUCAGCUUCCUGUCCUCUUCAGGAUGAUGCCAGCCAAGACGAUCCAGAGAACACCGAUGCCAGUGAUGAGGAAAUGCUGUCUGAUGAAGAGAGGUUGGCCACAGCAGCGCAGAAACUCAGACAUGUGGAACAUGAAAGUGUUCCUGUUAUCCUCAACGUAAUUGCUCAUAUCUGUAUCUUAUUAUAUACAACAGGUCUAGAAAAUGCAAAGAGGAAACACUACCAGGAAGCUUUCACCUGCUUUCUAGCUGCAGCUCAGCAGGGCUACAGCAAAUCCCAGUUUAACGUGGGUGUGUGCUACGAGACAGGAAGAGGAGUGAGCAAGAACACGGAGAAGGCUUUGUACUAUUAUAGGCAGGCAGCGGUGAGUGGCCACAGACAAGCUCAGUACCGCUAUGCAAAGCUGCUCCUGACCAGCAGAGGGCACCAGAGUUCAGAGGAGCUGACCACAGCCAUCGACUUACUGGAACAAGCUGCUGCAGCUGGGCUGACCAAGGCUCAGCUCUGCCUGGCCUCUGUGUACGCCCAGGAUUCUGUGAAAUAUGGUUGUAAGUCCAUCCAGUACCUGGAGAUGGCAGCAGAGAGUGGCGAUGACACUGCCCUGCUUUUCUUGGGUAACUGUUAUGAGAGAGGCUUUGUUGUGCAACACAACUUGAGGACAGCUAUCCAGUUCUACAAACAAGCCGCUAAAGCAGGCAACAAGCAAGCUAAGAGAUUGCUAAGGCCUCCUAAUGAAACCUAUACAAAAGAAUCAGUGUUGCGGUCCAUCCAUUCAGCUCCAUGUUUCUCAAAGACAGUUUCCUCUCUGCCAAGCUGUGUCCCUCCCUGCUCCAGUCAGCCCACCGUUCUCCCUCCCCUGCCUCACUCCUGGAGCACCGGGAACCUCUGCUGGCUCCCAUCAUUGUCCUCCGCACCUCUCCAUCUCCAUUCGCCGAGUGAUGAGAGAAGAACCUGCCAGUGGACUGUGGGAGUAGGAUAAAUACUGAGACCCAGUGUGAUACAGUCUGAGGAAUGUAUUUCAAAGUGUGAAUGAGUAUUCAACACUGGGGAGAGGUCGAAGUGUGUUAGGUGUGUGAGGUAUGAAUUAGAGUGAAAUGCUUUUAUACAAAACAAAUGUUUUUAUUUCUCAAAAAUGUGAGUUAUUUUUUUAUGUCUGGAAAAGCUGUGGAGAAAAAGUUCUUAAAUUAUGCGUAGAAUGAGAGAAGAAGCUUUCUGUCAUUUGUUUCUGUACACUACAGUUUGUGUUCUUCCCUCUGAUAAACGUUAUUCAGUAUGUGCCUUUUGGGUGGACCUCUUUACUAAUGAGGAAUUUAUCCCAUGCAGAGAGGUAUGGUGUAUUUUGUCUCCUGCAGACAAUAAUGCUAGUUCUGAAACUGAGAGUGCUUUACAUUAAUGUUAUCUUUUAACCUUAAAGAACGUGAUAUAAUUGUGUUUUUAGGGUAAAUGGUUCAGUGUUGCUUGUAGUUAUUAAAGAAUGACUGCAUGCUUGUGACAAGCCAACCUGUUAACCUGCGUGCCAAAGGGAAUAAUGAUGCACUGUGAGGACGAUGUCCUGUUGUGAAACGCACACGUUAAAAUAAAA